AUGAGCAACGAUAAUAAUUUGAAUAUCAGCAAAUUAAGAGAACAUAUUAACAGGCUCGAACGAUUCUUAAACGUUUGGGAGCAGUUGGAUGAAGAAAUCUUAACUUCAACUAACAGUGCAUCUAAUGAUGACAACGGCCGCUUAUUAACUGAUCGUCACGAAAUUUUGGAAGCGAUGGAAGAUGUUUGCAAUGAAUUUUCAGGUGAUCUGAGGACUAGUCAAAUUAAUAUGUUACCCAGCUAUGAAUAUAAUGUUGAUAAAUCCUGUGACAAUCAGGCCUAUUGUGCGGUCUGCAUUAAUGAUCUGGUUUCAAAGGAACUUAUACGCAAGUUGCCAUGCGGUCACAAUUUCCACGCUGAAUGUUUAGACAAAUGGUUGCAGUCACAUGAAACUUGUCCAAUGUGUCGGACUCGUGUGAUUGACGGGUAA